CCACACUGCCGUUGCUCGGAAACCGAUUUUGUUUAAGUUUUUGCAUUUAUUUGUUUUACGUGGAAUGACAACUUACUGGAAGCCCCAGAAGCCGAAGAGUGAAUUAUGCGCAUCUGCAUGGUGUCGGACUUCUUCUACCCGAGCAUCGGCGGGGUGGAGGAGCACGUCUACAACCUCUCGCAAAAGCUGCUCAGUCUGGGUCACAAGAUCGUCGUGCUGACCCAUGCCUACGGGGACUGCAGCGGCGUUCGCUAUGUGACGGGUGGCCUGAAGGUCUACUACCUGCCCAUCAAGGUGUGCUACAACCAGUGCAUCCUGCCCACAGCCGUCUGCAAUGUUCCCAUGCUGCGGGCGGUGCUCCUCCGGGAGCGCGUGGACGUGGUCCACGGUCACUCCGCCUUCAGUGCUCUGGCCCACGAGGCGCUGAUGGUGGGCUCCCUUCUGGGCCUAAAGACUGUCUUCACCGAUCACAGCCUUUUUGGCUUUGCGGACCUCUCGGCCGCUCUGACCAACAACCUGCUGGAGGUCAACUUGGGCAUGGUCAACCAUGCCAUCUGUGUGUCUCACAUCGGCAAGGAGAACACGGUUCUGCGGGCUAGAGUAGCCAAACAUAGGGUUUCCGUCAUUCCCAAUGCUGUGGACACCGCCUUGUUUACCCCAGAUCCUCAACAGCGGCCUAGCAAUGAUACAAUCAACAUUGUAGUGGCUUCGCGUCUUGUCUACCGCAAAGGCAUAGAUUUGCUGGCUGGUAUCAUUCCGCGCUUCAAAAACACUCCGAAUGUGAACUUCAUCAUUGUGGGCGAUGGACCCAAGCGGGAUCUGCUGGAGGAGAUUCGCGAGAAGACAAAUAUGCAGGACAGGGUGGAGAUGGUGGGCGCCGUGGAGCAUGCCAAGGUGCGCGAUGUCCUGGUGCGCGGCCACAUCUUCGUGAACACCUCACUGACUGAGGCCUACUGCAUGGCCAUUGUUGAGGCUGCUUCCUGUGGCCUGCAGGUGGUGUCCACCAGUGUGGGCGGAAUCCCAGAAGUGCUGCCAAAGAGUCUAAUACUGCUGGUGGAACCAGAAAUAGAUGCCAUACACGCUGCAAUUUUGGUAGCCAUUGAGAGGCAUCAAAAGAGUUCCUUUAAGGUUGCGCCUCCUGCCGGCAAUGGUCAUUUGCCAUCGGAGGCCAAUGGAAAAGGAAAGCGGCGACGUAGGAAGAAAGCAGAUGAACCUACCUCUCCUCCACAACUGCCAUCAUCCUCCGCUCCACCUGCGGAUCAGAGUAGCCACACGGAGCCAGUGAUGUGCCCUUACAAAUGCAAUGAGUUGGUGGAGACGCUCUACAACUGGGAGGACGUGGCCCUCCGCACAGUGAAGGUAUACGAUCGAGUUCUUCAGGAGCGCUCCUUCACCACCAGCGAGUUGGUGACUGCGGUGUGGCAGCACGGAUCCUGGUUCCUUGUCUUCUUCGUUGUGGCCCACUUUAUGAUGCGGCUGCUGGAGCUUUGGCGCCCCAGAAGACGAGUUGAGCUAGCACAGGACUUGAUUCGUUCGCGUAGCUAGCAAAGACUCAACGGAUUUCAUUCUUCCAUCAUCUAGCCAAUUUUAUAAUUUCACGUUAGAGUCGGAACUCUAGUUG